GGCGCUUGCAGAAUGGCAGACUGGACGUGUAGUCAUGCUACUAUGCAUGCAUGGGAGUCCCCAGACUAUGAGCAGCUGCUUCCUGUGUCAGAAAAAUCCAAUCCCCUGACGCGUGAUAUUGACCGUGCUUCAUCCACAAACAUUGUGAGGAUGUUACAAGCCUGUGAUGCCCAGAUGUUUCAGGAAGAUUCAGCAGCCACCUACCAGAGGCUUUUAAGUAAACAAGUGGUGGAAGCAUGUAUGGAGGUGGCUAAAAAGUUGGAGCUCAUUCUCAAGGAUCCCCAGGACAGCCUUGUUGUACUGAGUGGUUGUGGGACUUCUGGUCGACUGGCUUUCCUCAUUACGACAGGUUUCGACAAAGCGCUGAGGGAGUUGAACCAGAGUUCACUGUAUUCAUACAUCAUAGCAGGGGGAGACAGAGCUCUGCUGUCCUCCCAGGAAGCUCCUGAAGAUGAUCCCGAACUGGGCAUGCUCAGUCUGAAAAAGGUUUGUGAGGGAAAGCGGCGGGUCUUGUUCAUUGGCAUUUCCUGUGGAUUGUCUGCUCCCUUUGUGGCAGGCCAGCUUGACUUCUGCAUGCAGCAUCCCGAGGUCUACACUCCAGUCCUGGUUGGCUUCAAUCCUGCACAUCAGGCUAGGGACGACCCCAUCCCAGGCAGCACGCUCACUUUUCUCAGUGUUGUUCAGAGGAUGCAGGAGCUGUCCAGAAGUCAGAAGGCAUUCCUCAUCAACCCAGCCGUUGGGCCAGAAGCCAUCAGUGGCUCAUCGAGGAUGAAGGGAGGCAGUGCCACUAAAAUUCUCCUAGAAGUUAUCCUGUCUGCUGCUCAUGCUGCCACUUUUGAAAACACGGCCAUCACAUACAAGGGCAUCCGGCAGCACAUGGAAGCAUAUAGGCGAGCUCUGGAUACCACUUACAGCCAGAACGCGGGGAUCACUGCUCUGUUGGAUGCAGCUGGAAAAAGUUUGUUGCAUGGCAGGCGUGUCUGCUACUUAGGCUGGAGCUCCCUUGCUAUUUUGGGCCUCAUCGAUGCCAGUGAGUGCAACCCUACGUUUGGAGCAGAUUUUGAAGAUGUACGGGGUUUCAUCAGUGGAGGAUACAGAGAGAUGAACAACAAUGAAGGUCCGCUGUCUCCUCUGGGUCCUGAGUUUUGCAUUUCACACGAGGAUUUUUUGCGUCUAGUUCUGCCCUCUCUCAACGACCAGGACACAAUUCUUCUUCUCUACACUCAAUCUGACAGUGUCAGUGAAGUGGUAAAGCUGGCACAUCGAGUAAGAGAGAAGACCUCAAACAUCCAUGCUGUUUAUCAUCAGGUCGAGGGAGACAUUGCAGCUGCUGAACAACAAGAUGACAUCAAUAAGUUGUGUUCAUCCUCAGUUAAAAUCACUUGGCCAUCAUCACCUGCUUCACAGAGCCUGCUCCACAUGCAGUGGGAGCUGUCCACUAAGCUGGUGCUGAAUGCUGUGAGCACAGGAGCUCACGUCUUAAAGGGGAAGAUUUACCAGAAUCACAUGAUCGACGUGCAGGUCACCAACAGCAAGCUCUACAGCAGGGCCACACGAUUACUUCAGAAGCUGUCUGGUUGUCCCGAGUCUCAGUGUGAAGAAGCUCUACUAAAGGCCCUUUAUCAAGUGGACAAACUCACCCUGGACAUCACAUCCUCCGAAAUCGCCAAGCACACAUGCACUGCCAGAAAAAGGACCAAGGUGGUUCCUCUUGCUCUGGUUUGUUUGCUGACUGGCUGUUCACUCACGGAGGCAGAAUCUCAUUUGGAGCGACACCCAAUUGUACGGGAGGCUGUGGAGGCCUGUCUUUCGAAGUCACUGUAACAUAGGAGUCCUUUACACUACAUUGCUGCAUUUGAUUAGUAAUUAAAGAAAGUGAAAUCAUGAGAAUUAAGUCAAAGGUAAAAUUAAAAACCCGAAAAUUUGAAUCCUGCUGUUCAUAUAAACAGUUGUGUAAACUACAGCAGGAACUCAAACCCAAAUCUUUUCUUUUGCUUUUUCAUUUGUCCCUUUAGAACCAUGCUUCCUCUCCUUUCCCAUCCCUCCUUAAAUGUUCUGAGUAAAUUAAGCCUUUCACAGGAAUGGUCUUUAUCCUGAUAUGCAGCCCUAAGUUGAUGUCUUCUUAUUUAUUUGAAGCAUUUAAGAUUUGAGGAAAUUCUUAGAGAAACUCCCAUGCUGUCCCUGAAAAUGGGGUAGAAUAAAAUGCAUGCAUGCCUGGGCUUCUGUAAUGAUUAGCAUUGUUCUGUUUAGCUCUGUUUAGGGUACAAACAGCAAUAUUUUCCUUCAAUAAAUUUGAGUGGCUGACCAUUUUUUAAAACGUGGGUUG